UAAUAAAAAGGAUCUUGGUACGCAUUUUUUGAACUGAUAGGUCAAUUUGUUGUUUUAGCGUGAAUUACCGAAUACCUCAUUAAACCGCAUUCCACACUUAAUCUUAUCAAAUGUUUAGUAUCAAAAAAAUAAUAUCAACACCGCAACAACAUAAUAAUGAUACAACAGUAUCAACACAUCUUUAUCAAGAUGACGACGAGCCUUAUCUUGCCGAAGCUGUAGAUAGUUCCCCGUUGAGCGAGACUAAAGAAGUAAAACUUAUCUUUGAAGGUGAAGACAGAGAUCCCACCGUACUUGUACCUGGUCUAUUUUGGGUCGACAAAAUUGAAUUCACCUUGCCGGGUGGAAAACAAUGGGUUAUUUCUGAUUACUGGAAUGAUGUUAAAGAUAUUGUCGAAGAUCCCUUUAUUUCAAGUCCAAGUUCUCUAAGUUCCGUUCAUGAUAGAGCUGUAGAACUUUAUUAUCAAAUUAAAGGAGGUCAAGUUGAUUAUGGAUUGCAUCAUUCAUAUCAAUUUUGUCAUAACCAAUUUGGUGCAACAUAUGAAGGGUUCAUGCCUAGUUGGAGUCCAGACAAUCCAGUUGUGUUAAUUGGUAAAGGUUACGGAGCUACAACUGCACUUUAUCUACAACACUUGUUGUCAACCAAUUACUUUGGACAGCAUACUUCGGGAAGAAUGGUCAAGGCCAUCAUUUGUCUAUCUGCGCCUCACCGUGGAAGUACUCUCCCUUAUUGGUUUGGUCUUGAAGCAGGAUCAAAAUGUGUGGUUAAUCCAUUGAGUCUUCUUCAGUUACUUUUGUCUUUUGUUCAUAUCGUAUGUUACUUCGCCUGUUUAGACCGGCUUUUCUCAUUUCAAUUAAAUGACAAGUGGAAUUUGAGCAGUAGAGAGGAAGGUGGGGAACAAUCAAUAUGGAGCGCAAUAUCUGCGCGUAGCAAAUUUGCAUACUUCGGAGAUAAUUUCUUGGUUGAUUGGUCGGUUGAAGGUGCAAGGAUGCGGUACGCUGGAGAAGAAAGGGAUAAACACUUCUUGGAUCCUGAUUGUGUUUAUAUUAAUUAUAUUACGACAGGAUCAAGUUGGAGAUCUAAAAUAACAGGUCAUUAUUUGCCGAGAUUAACAUGGCGUAAUUUUCCGACCGCUAUUAUUUCUACGAUCCUUGGACAAUACAAAAUGACACCGGAUGUCGAACAACAUGUAUUACGCACAUCAUCAUCAACUUUCUGGGAAAAUGAUGGUACACUCUCGGUUUAUUCUCAAGAACCACCACCACAUCAAAGAGUACAAAUGAAUAUUGUCAUUACAGAGAAACUUUUCGAUCCAGUUGAACAUGAAUUAACUCCAGGUGCAUGGUAUAAUGUUUAUGUUGAAGAUCGUUCAAAUACAAUAUUAUUUGACGAUGAACCAUUCUUAACUACUUUGCCUUUUGUUGAACAAAUAUUAGAAAUUAAUACUGUUAAAAGGUUUGGAGAAUAUCUUUCUAAAAAUGUGGAUAGUUUUGAAUAUUAUUAUAUUUUUUUAGUAGAAUUUCUUGAACGUCAAUUAUGUUAUUUAAGAUCAAUAAAAAGUAAUGGAAAUAGUGUAGCAGUUAUUAAAGAUAUAGAAUAUGUUACAAAUUCUUAUUUAAUGAACGCUAAUUUGGAUCGUGUUGAAAGACGUACGAGUGACAAAGCUGGAGAAGAAUGGUGUGAAAGAAUUAAUACUAUUGAAUUAAUGAAUAGCCCAAGUAAAAUGUUAUGUUAUAUUAGUAAUAUCCAAAAAUUAAAAUUAUAUUCGUCAGCCGAAGGUAGUUCUCAAGAUUUAGCAUCAUUCAAAGAUGAUUUUUCUACAAAUGGUUUAAUUCCAUCCGGGCCAAUGUUUAUAAAAGCUAGACAUAAAAUGACUACUGAAGAUUAUAGAUCUAGCAUGCAACAAUAAUGCUACAUAUCUCUCCAUAAUUUAAUAUCUUGAGGAAGAGAUUAUUUUUUUUACAAGAUUUGAAAAACAAAAUAUUCGAAAAAAAAAAAUUUAUUUAUUUUGUCGUAAUCAUUGCUGUUUUUAACUAGAUAAAAAAAAACUAGAUUAAAAUUAUUUGCUAUUUGAUAGAAUACUUUUAACAAUAAAUAAUCACAUUUAUCAUACGAAUUUUAAUUAACAAAUCAAUAAUCAAUCUUGUAAUGUAAGUCAGUUCGUAUUUCAGUAUAUAAUAUAAGCUCAGGUUUUUUAUUAAUGGUGCAAUUUAAUUAUUUAAUU